ACCAGAGUGGCACACAUUAAAUGCAAAGGAAGCUGCUUUGUAAGCUUGGAAUUCUUUUAUAUGUAAAAUAUGGCAACAUUAGAAUUCAUCAGAAGCUCCCCGACCGAAUAGCCUCUAUUUGAUUAUGGAACUUCUGCUGAUUUCUAAUAUUCACAUAGGCCAGUUUUUAUGAUGUCCGAAAUUAGUUUUAUUUUCACUCCAUUUUUCCUCUUUCUACGUGAUUUCGAAUAUAUCAAAAACAAACUUAAUACAAACAGAAAACGAAGAUUUUGAUACAACAAAGGCCACAGUUCAACGUGAUUGUAAUUUGUAAGUGAAACAUCUUUGUUUUGCCCAAAAGCAAAAUGGCGACUACGCUUGCCUUACGUGUCUACUCGACACGGCGACGUACGGGAGCAGCAGAACUGACGACAAAUCGGUGAGGUAUCUGGGUGUCGGUAUACUGCUUCGGUGAUGGUAUUAAGAUUUUGCUUGCAAAAGUAAUUGUAGACUGGAGGAACUUCGAGCGCUGGCAGUAUUAGAUUUCAGCGUACGUUCGGGAAGCUCUGCGUGAGCGUCCUGAGGAAUAGAACAUGGCGGCGGCUGCUUUAUGCUUCGGCCCGGGGAUCCUCCUCCUGGUGCUGGCGGCGACGGCGGCCCAAGAUCCCUCUUGCCCAUCUCCUUGUGUGUGCGAGGGGCGGCUUUUGGAUUGUAGUCGGAGAAGGCUGGCUCGACUCCCCGCAGCACCACUGCCAGAGGGUAUCACCAGCCUUGAGAUCAGCUACAAUUGGUUGACUGUUUCCAACAGUAGCCUGGUGCCAGAAUUGUAUUCACUUCAAGAAGUGAAAAUGAAUUUCAACGAGUUAACUGCAAUCCCACAUCUGGGAGAGCCUACUGCUAAUAUAACUUUGCUUUCUCUUGUACAUAACAAAAUUGGAGAAUUGAGCGGAGACCUGCUUCAACAAUAUCUUUCACUUGAAACUCUUGAUUUAAGCUCCAAUCUUCUUACAGAAAUCAAAAGCUUUUACUUUCCACGGAUGCCGUUGAAGUACCUAAACCUAAGCAAUAACAGGAUUUCUACCUUGGAAGCAGGAUGUUUUGACAAUUUAUCAAGCUCAUUACUAGUAUUGAAACUUAACAGAAACAGGAUUAAUAUGAUUCAACCCAAAAGUUUUAAGCUGCCUCACCUGCAGUAUUUGGAACUGCGACGAAAUCGGAUUAAAAUCGUGGAAAGUUUAACAUUCCAAGGACUAGAUUCACUAAAAUCAUUGAAAAUGCAACGAAAUGGAAUUGUUAAACUGAUGGAUGGAGCUUUUUUCGGACUGGACAAUAUGGAGCAACUGGAAUUGGAAUAUAAUAAUAUCACUGACAUUAAUAAAGGUUGGUUGUAUGGUUUGCGAUCUCUACAACAACUUUAUAUCAGCCAGAAUGCAGUGCACAGGAUCAGCCCAGAUGCCUGGGAGUUUUGCCAGAAGCUAUUGGAUCUGGACCUAUCAUAUAACCAGCUGAACCGUUUGGAUGAUUUUACAUUUGUUGGGUUGAGCUCAUUGGAAAAAAUAAACUUGGGGGAUAAUAGAAUAAAUCAUAUUGGCGAGGGCGUCUUUAAAGGCCUUGGAAGUCUUUUAGUAUUGGAUUUAAGGAACAAUGAGAUUUCAUGGGCUAUCGAAGAUUCAAGUGAACUGUUUGCUGGAUUGUCCAAACUCCAUACACUAAUACUUCAAGGAAAUAAGAUAAAAUCCAUCACAAUGAAAGCUUUUACUGGUCUAGAUUCACUUCAGCAUCUAGACUUGAGCAAUAAUGCUGUAUUGUCUGUGCAAGAAAAUGCCUUUUCUUUCAUGAAACUUCAAGAUUUAAUUCUAAACACAAGCAAUUUGCUCUGCGACUGCCACUUAAAAUGGUUUCCAGAGUGGUUAACGGACAUUGGUUUUCAGCAGUUUAAUGUGAGCUGCGCACAUCCUAAUUGGCUGGCUGGACGUUCUCCUAUUAGUGUGAAUGCUGAAGAUUUUAUCUGUGAUAAUUUUCCCAAACCACAAAUAAAACUUCAGCCAGAAACCACAAUUGCACUUAAAGGAAUGAACGUGUCUCUUACCUGUGCUGCUGCGAGCAGCAGCGAUACUCCAAUGUCUACAGCAUGGAGGAAGGAUGGUGAAGUGCUGUAUGAUGCAGAGGUAGAAAACUUUGCUCGAUAUCAGAAACACGGGGCCGAACUCGUUGAGUACAUUACAGUACUGCAUCUCUUCAAUGUCAAUUUUACAGAUGAGGGGAAAUAUCAGUGUGUUAUAAGCAAUCACUUUGGCUCAAAUUACUCUAGCAAAGCUAAACUGACUGUGAAUGAAAUGCCUACGUUUCUCAAAACUCCCAUGGACCUUACUAUUCGUACUGGUGCCAUGGCACGUUUAGAAUGUGCUGCAGAGGGUCAUCCACCACCACAAAUUGCAUGGCAGAAAGAUGGCGGGACAGAUUUUCCUGCAGCCCGCGAGAGGCGAAUGCAUGUUAUGCCAGAAGAUGAGGUGCUCUUCAUUGUUAAUGUAAAAAUUGAAGAUAUGGGUCUCUAUAGCUGCACAGCACAGAAUGCUGCUGGUAGUAUAUCUGCCAAUGUUACUCUUACGGUUUUAGAAACACCAUCUUUUGUACGACCUUUGGAAGACAGAACAGUGGCUAGGGGCGAAACUGCUGUUUUGCAUUGUAUAGCAGGAGGAAGUCCAGCUCCCCGCCUUAACUGGACAAAAGAUGAUGGACCACUUCAGGUUACUGAGCGUCACUUCUUUGCUGCAGCCAACCAGCUGCUGAUCAUUGUUGAUGCAGGCCCUGAGGAUGCAGGAAAAUACACGUGCAGCAUGUCUAAUACUCUUGGCACAGAAAGGGGACACAUUAACCUUCAUGUCCUCUCCUCAACAAAUUGUGAUUCCUCGCAAAAUAUCAUUGGUUAUGAAGAAGACGGUUGGACUACUGUUGGCAUUGUGAUUAUAGUGGUAGUCUGUUGUGUCGUUGGAACUUCAUUGGUCUGGGUUAUUGUAAUAUACCAUAUGAGACGGAAAAGUGAAGAUUACAGCAUAACCAACACAGAGGACAUAAACCUACCAGCAGAUAUUCCCAGCUACCUGUCUUCACAGGGAACACUUUCAGAGCCACCGGAAGGUUAUAGUAACUCUGAGGCAGGCAGCCACCAGCAACUUAUGCCUCCUGCAAAUAACUGUGUGCACAAAGGAACAGAUGGGUUAUAUGUUGACACCGGCAGUGAAGCGGAUAUGGAUAUCCUAAACAUACCAUUCUCUCACAACAUGCAAGGGAAAAUGCCUCACUUAUACAGUAGCCAUGGAACUGUACAUCCAACUGAUACACGAGAAGGCCUUCCAAUUCCAGCUGCAGCUCCACUUAUGAUUUGCUCAGAUUGUUAUGACAACGCCAACAUAUACUCAAGGACCAGAGAGUUCUGCCCAUACACAUACAUAACAGAGGAGGAUCAAAUAUUAUCCAGCAUUGUUGCACAAAUUCCAAAAGAAACCUUAUACCAACAUGAGGUUCUGUCUAAACGAGAUAUGUGUGCUUCACUUACAAGCCAUGAGAGGCUAGAAGGUGCAAAUCCUAGCUGUGAUACCUUUCAACGUCCAUUGUGUGGUUUUAAAAAAGAGUCAGGCCUACCUGCAGCAACUCAUCCUCACAUCUGCCACUUGUCUGUACCAAUACCUGGAAAACUCAGAAAUGAGGGCUGUAUCAAGCCAGAGGAGGUUGGCCUGCUCAGACCCUGCCCAAGAUUAGUUGAUCAGGACAAUGAUUUAAGCAGGACUCCAAAUAUUGGUGGUUAUAAAGAAGCCACCUAAAAACCCAUAUUAUCUAUAGAGAUUUGGGUUUCCUGUCUUUAUACUGACUACCUCAGACUUUUUCCAGUGGCCAAAAAUCGCUCCAAUAUGUUUGUUUACAAACGUGUGUUGCGUGGACCAAUGCAAAUAUGCAAUCAAAGCUGAAGCGUCAGACCAGAUAAUCUAUCACAUUUAAAGCACCUCGUGCUUUCUCCUUCAUUUGCAUAUGGAAAAUACAAAAAUGGAUAGUGAAUUAAAUCACAUGACUAUGAUUAUAAUGAACAUUUGACUACACAGAUGUGACUUCAAAUGAACUCAAGUUUGCAGACAUCUACACUCCAUAACACUAUGCUUGCACAGGUCACCAUAGAGAACAAUGGUGGUUGGUGAGCUUAAUAGCUGCUUAUUAUGCUGAAUCAUGCAUUUAGUAAUGCAGUGAAAGCCAAAGGUCUGUCUAUGGGGGUUGCUUCAUAAGUUGACUGAUAAACUUAUACCUAUUUGUGUAAGUAAACUGAAGCCAACCUACUAAACCAAUAUUUCGGUAUUGCAAGGAAGAUACAUGUCGUGUGCUUGUACACUCCAUAUAUUGAAAUGUUUUCUGUUUUCAGCUUGAUUGAUAUCUGCUACAGCCAAAGUGCUUUAGUAACACUGCAGAUCAGCUGUGUAAUUCCCUUUUUAUUUUAUGUCGUCUAAAUGUAGUUUGGUGUUUUCAAUAUCACUUGUUCUUUAUCUUAAAAAUAGAUAUACAUGGGUCGAUUUCAUGGUAUGACAAAAUGCAUUUUCAUCCUCUAGCUUGUACACUUCAAUAGAAACAUUCCAUCUAUCAUACCAGUUAAAAUAUAUAACCCCAAGGAUGUAAACAUGGGUUUUAGAAGCCUCUUUGAUGGUCUUGGUUCCUAGUUUUAAAAAAAAGUCAGAGAUUGUAAUUUUUAGUUUAUUCAUUAAAUGUAUUAAUUUAUCUCCAUUUUAACAUGCACACGUACCAUUUCAUGGUUUUGUGUUCCAGAGAUGGUAUGACCACCGUCCACCUACAGUUAUGUUUAUACAAUUUUAUCAUUUCAGUACUGCAGCUUUUUCUCAUAUAUGUGUCGGAUUCAUGGCAAGAGGUUUAUUGGCCGUCUUUUAUAAUGGGAUUUUGAACAACUUAAUUAAAUAUUGUAGUCCGUUUCACUCCAUAUUGCAAGGGCAAGCUGGUUCUUGAUAUUACUAUCGAAGUAUGAGUUUUUACUACAAAGGCAGCACCAUUUCAAAUGGAAGUUCACUCAUAUACAUAAAUUGUCUUUCUUUUUAGACUUUACAGUAAUAUUACAGUAUGCAACAAGCGUCUCAAAGUCUUUGUGUUCUUAUAUGUUUCUUCAGAACUAGUUAAUGCCUGAGCCCUGAGCCCUGCGCAUCUGAUGGCCUUGUUUAUUUAAACCCCACAACGGUUUUUGCACAAAUGUUAUUUGUUGAUCAUUUUGAUCAAGAUGUAAAUGUAUUUGCCCUCAUUUCUUAAAGCACACUUGUUCCUUCCAGAACCGCAUUUUGUUUAGGCUGCAAUCCUUAAAAUACCACUUAUGUUUAUUGUAAUAGUUUGAUUAUUCUUUCUGCUCUAGUACACUGCUGGCCAAGUUAACACUCCUUGAAGUGUAGAUGUGUGAGAAUUGCUUUACAAAAAUAUUCAGCAAUUCUUAGACAUAUAUUUUGUUGGCAUUACUUGCUUCUGUUCCAAAACCUCCCUGCAACAUCGCCCUACACCAUGUAUUUGAAAUCUCUGCUCAGUUUCACUUUCUUUAAACUAAAAAGAUCCUUCUGCCAUUUUAAAUGGGGGGGGGCUCUGAAGAGCUUAGAUUGUGCUUUUCAAGAACCAGCUUGAGAGUGAGACUGGGGAAUAAAGUUAAGGUUCUCCAACAAAAUGUGCACUUGUACUUGGUUUGCCAACUUUAGCUUAUAUUGUAACAAUACUGGGAGUGACUAAAUAUUUAGGCUGUGAUGUUCUAGAGAGAUCUAAAUACUCCUGGCACCUGAUGAGUGGGUAUUAUCGGUGUAGUGUAAAAUAUGUAAAUAUUUCCAAGUAUAGAAUAUUUUUGUAUACAUUGCACAUAACUGUGUGUGUUUGUUAUUGUAAAUGUUUGGGUUUUUUUGUCUUUUUUUUUUUUAAACCAAAUAUAUUACACUAUUUAGUAGCCUAUUAUUAAAAAUGUCAAAUAUAAUUUCUAAAAAGUAUCUUAUGUACAUCAUGGCAUUGUCAGUGGCAUUCCAUUUGAGGUUACUGCAUCAUUACUGCUUCAACACUACAUUUUAGCCACUCUUCUGUGGUUAAUCUUCCAUGAGAUCCAAAAUACCUGCUGGAAAGGACAAAAGCAGUUGAGUUUGUGACCUCUGUAGCUUUUCAGUAUGGUGGUAACUCAUUUUAUAUUCUCAGUUUGAUUUCUACAAUAAAUAAUACUUCUGCUUUAGAUGAGAGCUUUACGUUAGUACAUACAAGUACUUACCAAGGCAAUAUACCAGUUUUAUAAAUGCUAUAAAAGUAGUCUGCAUUGUAACGUUUAUUAGCUAUACAUGACACAAAUAAAGAUGGCAUAUUGUGAAUUGUG